UGCGUUGUCGAUGAAGUGAAUAUUAGGUGAAUUUGUUAAGUGUGGAGGGUAGAUUAAGGAACAAAAUAGAAUAAUGCAGGGGUGGAUAUGUGUUGAAAAAUGUUUGUGAAUGCGGAUGCUAAGGAUAUUAGGAGUGCAAAGGGAAAGAUUAACAGUGGAAAAAUGACAUCUAAGGGAAUUUCAAAAGAGAUGCUACUGUCUAGUGUUGGAGUAUAACUGACUGACAUAACAUGAAGUGCAAGUUAUCUCCAACAAAUGGAGUGAUGAAUAACAGUGCCUUCGUACCAGGGCAGUGGAGAGAGAGAGGUUACUGUAAGAACGUCUGAUGCGGUAUAGGUCAUCUGAAGUUAGGUGUUGAAAGGCAGCGAAAUUUAGUGAUAUGACAGGGAUAAAGUGUGGGUAGCUUUCAUUCUGCUGUGUGACUCUGAAGUUGCCAACGCCUAUCGUCUAGACAUGGCAGCUUUAGCAUCUAGAUCUGAAGGUCAAAAACAAGACAGGGACGUGACCACAGACGAUGUGCUCAGAAUACUGGAAUCGUUUCCUGAGCAGAAGAAUCUUCAUUUGAACCUGUUGUACGACUUCUACUGGGAAGACUCUGUGGAUGAUCUGGCUUUAUUACUUAAUGGGUGGUCAGGUGGUUUGACACUUCACCAUCACACUGGCACAACAAACCCAUUAACUAUCACUGAUGCCCCGACGAUGUGCUUAGUUCUCUGCUCGCCUCAGAACAUACUUCAGGUCUUUGGAAAGCUAAAUGAACGAUUUAAGGGACCCCGGAAUCCGGAUGUCACGUGGCUGCUGGUUUUGGAAAACGAGGAAGGGCAAGAAAUCAUGUUGACUCUCGAGGGUAUACUGCAAGAAGGGACCUACAUCACGCUUGUUAUUAAGGAUGCCGGUGGUAUCUUAGACGUAUUUUAUCCCAGAGCUGAUACCAAGGGACUCAUAAGCUUUGAAAAACGCCGCAGACUGAACACGCGAAACGAAACUGUCACAGAGAAACCUCUGAGUUACCGAAGAGAUGAGUAUGAGAAACAAUACUCCGAUAUGAAGGGACGAGAACUGAGGGUGGCAGCUAACGAUAACUUCGGUUUCUGCUCUCUCGGUGCUGCCUUCCCUGGCGGGAAUCUCCGACUGCUUUCCGGAAUCGACGUGGAAUUGUUGAAAUCGCUCGCCAGGGUUUUUAAUUUCACGUAUCGAGUAAUGAGGCCGGCAGACGGUCUUUGGGGAAACCCAGUGCCUAACGGAACAGUGUCAGGGAUGAUCGGCAUGGUGGCCCGCAGGGAAGCUGAUCUUGCCGUCUGCUUCAUCUCAGUCACGAGAGAUCGAACGACGGUCGUUGAUUUCACUUACUCCUACUACCGGUCGGUGAUCGCUGUUUUCUCCCGGGCUCCGAGACAGAAGGACAGAGCAAUGGCGGUACUGACUCCUUUCACCCCUCAGGUAUGGCUCUGCAUAACUCUCUCUAUCCUGAUUUUGGGAGCUGUAAUUUCUAUCAAGUCAAAGGUAUCAGAUUUUCUCCUGAAGGAGGAGGACGACACCGGGUGGAAUCUGCAGUGGAACACCUUCAACUUAUUUCGUAGCCUUGUGUCACAAGGCAGCGACAUUUAUGCCAAACACUGGUGGACGAGAAUCAUACUUUUAUCCUGGUUCGUUUCCUGUCUCACAUUCUCAGCCUCGUAUUCGGGUAUGCUGACAGCUGCUUUGGCACAGCCAGCCUUUGACGAGCCAGUAGACUCCCUCAAAGAUCUUCCGAAAGCUGUCAAAGAAGGAUUUACCCUCGGUGUCAAAGCAGGGACUAAUAUCGAGUACCUCUUUAAGGAAGCAACAGAAGGCAUCUACAAAAGAACUUGGGAGUUAUUUGACCACGGAGACAGAACGAGAAGUUUUGUCGACGACAACGUCACCGGAAUGAAGAGGGUUUUGGAAAGCGACUUCCUGCUCAUCGGUAUGAAAGUGGUGUGCGAGUUACUUGUGAUGAAGAUGGGAAGGAACAAAUUUCACAUUGGUCGAGAUGACUUCUUCCCCCACAGCAUUGCUAUUCCUCUUCCAAGAGGAGCUCCCUACAGAGAGGCCUUUGAUCAAGUGAUGAUGAGGAUGGUGGAAGGGGGACUCAUCUCUAAAUGGAGGGGAGAAGAAGUCAGGAGAGUGGAAGAAAGAACUUCUGAUGAUGCAGUGACAUCACAAGCUUAUGCCAUUACUCUCAGGCACCUUCAGGCAGCUUUCUUCAUCCUGAUCACUGGCUUGGCUUUGGCAACUGUGUCAUUGAUUGUAGAAUGCACAACGUGGCAAACUCUGAACCGAAGAGCACUGGCAUUGAUCAAAUGAAGGAUGUUAUUCCUACAGCAUAUCAGGUUUUGCACGAAGGUACUGAGAACAUUCAUCAAACUCAUUUUAGGGUUGAGGAACUGAUGUCUGUAUUUUUCCUUUUUGUGUAUUACUAAGUAUAGCACAUGUUGGCAAUGCUGUAUGUUGCUUUGGGGUUAAAACACAAAAACAAAAACGAGAUUGGAAAUGUCAUAAGCCAUUUUCUGCAAUUGCGAAAUAUAAGGCCAUAUGUUUUGAAACAAUAAAGUAACUUGACAGAUAUGGCAGACAGACAUUUUCUUUUAUCAAAAUAUUCACGGUUAUUGUUGUUCCUGUUAAAGUUAGCAAGGUAAGACCAACAAUUGAAAUGCACAAAUUUUAUUUUUCAAUUUUCUACUUAUAGUUAAUGUUAAUAGUUACAGUUAUGUUAAAAUCUUUGGUCACAUAACUUGCACGGCUCAAAGAAAUAAGACCACAGAAGUGGCAAUAACGUUGAUAGCUUUUGAAUGCCAUCCUCCAUCCAGAAUACAGGCUUUCAUAAUGAACAAAAGCACGCUCAGUAUAAUGUUAGUGGUAAAUUGCAGAUUCUGAAUGUCUAUAAUACAAUAAAUGAUGCUGUCAAUGGUCUCUGCAGGUUUAAACUCCUCCAGAAAUUUGUGCAGACAAUUGUUUACUUAGAUGCAUUGCAGUAGUGUGUGGAUUGGUUAAAACAGUACACAAAAGAUGGCAAUGAGGACAUGACUGCUGCGAGGUAACAUUUUCUUGGUCAAUAACUCCCUAGAGAGGAGAGAGGAGGCAUCUUAUGUGCAAAUUUCUCGGUUAGCAGGUUAGCAUUGCAACAAGGCUUUUAAGAACUUCCUUGUAAUGAACCCCAACGGAAAUGUAUUGAAUCUUUCCAUUAUUAAUAAUAUUAGAAAAUAAUUAAUUUUUCAAGAAGGUAAUGCCAAAAAGUCUUGAACAUUUCCAAGAACACAAGAUAUCGUUUGUUUUGUGUAUUAUUCUAACAGAAAUUUUCAAGGUACUUUUUAUUACUGUGAAACUUCCACCCUUUUAAAACAAUUUAAACAACUCUUGUUCCGACACGUAAUACAAACCCUCGGUCCUUUACAAAAGGAAUUACUUACGGCGUAGGUGGAAUUACGGCCGUUGAAUCUUGAACAAGGUGGUUAGGCAGUAACUACUAUGGGGCUGGCUAGCCUGCCCGGAUGUACCAUGUAAAUUCUACUUUGCUUUCGCCGUCUUCCGAUGAAGACGUGUGUUUGUGAGCUCCGGCUGACUGGUGGUUGAUCUUUUUUCCCGGUGGGCUCCUUUUGGUUUAUUUUGGUGUUUGAUAUUAAUACUAAACAAAGGUUUGUCCUUUUUUUUUCAAUUAAUAUACAAACCCACUCUUUAUGAUAGCCUUUAUAGCCGCCCCUCUACUUGUGUUAAGAGUCGGCGGCAAAGGUAUACCAACAUAUUAUUUACAUUCUUUCACCCCUUUAAAGCUGGCCUCACACUAGGCAUUUUUUUCUCGAGCAGCGAGCCGUUGCUGCCGAGAAUGAAAAAAAACCGGGAGCUUUUAGCUCGAGAUUCUUGCUUCCGAACAGGACGGAAAGCAGCCAGCACGAGCCGCGAGCCACAGCAUAGUGUAAACAACAAGAUGGCUGCUGCUGAUAGGACGUACUCUCCUGAGCCACUCUUGAACCCACAAACGU